AUUCACGUAUGUCAAGUAUCAUGAGUGACCAACUCGCCUAAUCAGCCUUGCUGACAAGGGGAAACCUCCCCAGCCGAACCAUACCAGCGGUCUGCCCACCGCGAUGCAACACGGGUGUGCACCUUUCAAGCACCGCCGGCGCUCUAGCCCAGUCACGGACGCAGAGGCGCGCCAAAUGUUCUUUUCCCGCGACGGCCCACUUUUGCUUCUUCGGCUCGUUAAAGGUUUGUGAUUGACUGGCAGAAUUCCAGCACCAGAGCUACUCCGAGGCCACCAAAUGUGUCACUGAGAAGUACCUAUAACACGUGACAUAUGAAGCCGAGUCUCCAGCAUCCAGGGCUAGCUUCCUGCAAUAUCAGCGGCCUGAACAUUCAUCCGUUUCUCUUACCCUGCACAAAGACAUGGGAGAAUCCGGUGUGCAAGCUACAGGAGCACCUGGAACUCUGCAACGACGUCCUCCAGAGCUUGAAACUCCAGCUGAGAGAGGACGACGGCGACGUUGGUGAACUGUGGCUCGUUCGCACUUCGCAAACGUGGCUUAAACACUCUUGGCCGCCACUCACGAAGUCUGAUGCUCGCACUCGCGCCGCGCUGUCGCUCUUAAAUCGGCUCCUGGUGCAGCACCGAUGCGUCGUGUCCCUAGAACUAGACGGCAUUGUCGCCAUACACGAUAUCUUUCUUCGAGCUCUGGCAAGCAGCACGAGCGUCAAAAAGCUGAUCAUUUACGACUUUUACAAAUAUUCCUUGCACGAACCGGACCUCAGCGAUAAUUGCUUGAGCAUCAUCACGUCCUUGCCGAGCAUUGAGAAGGUAUCACUUCGGAACUCAAGCGGGCAUGCACAAUACUGCGCACUGACGUCCGCGUUCCAAAUAGACCGAAUUGGUGCCAAACUAAAGGAGCUGGACGUUGCAGACCUGAGAUUAAGCCAGGCGGAUGCGACCAACUUGGUCUCGAUGCUCAAUUGCAACGACACCAUAACUGACCUGGCCGUAGGCACUUCUGUAUUCACGCUCGCGAGCAUGACAUCACCGGUGAGCUUCAUUGGCUUCUUGGCCAAUGCGCGCAGUAGGUUGCAAAAGCUGUGCCUCAAGAGCGUGGACUUCUGCAGCACAGCCCAGCUGGAGAGGCUGGUCGACGCUGUCGCUGCUGUGACAACACUUGAGGAGUUCUCCGUAGACAUGGCCAUCUAUGGGAGUGAGGGCACUGCCAUAUUUGCUGAUGUAGUCGCUCGCAAUGCUGCCCUGCGCAGUUUGAGCAUCACCCUGCCAAUGUGGUGGGGGGUUUCUACAUUUAACGACCACAUCAGUUGCAAGCCGCACCACCGCGACAAUAGGGCUCGUCGAUGGGCCUCUGCAUUUACAAGCAACUCCACUCUGACAAACCUCACGAUAGACAUGCUCGGAUGCAUAGAGGAAGAAUGUCACUGCUUUUUUCACGCGUUAGCCGCCAGUACGGGACUGCAACAUGUGACAGUGCUGCGUCUUCUCGACAGGCGUUGCGUGAAUGCCGUCUGCCGCACCAUCAGACAAAGCAGUUUAGCUGGAAGAGUUUUUAUCAAGGAUCAUGAACUAGGCUCAAGUAACAUUUUGGAACUUCCCGAUUGUGCCGAGGUUGGGUCGGUGACCCUAAAUAGUUCUUCGUUGACCGACGCUAGCAGUAUUUGUAGGGCAUUGCCUAUACUGGCCUCGUGUGCACACAUCAGCACCCUCUGCAUCAGCCUAAGUGUCGAUUGCUUCAAUAGCUCGUUGUACGCUGCCCUGUCUUCGUACACAAGAGCAGCCAACAAGCUCAGAGAUCUAGAGCUGCACAUUGUUUGUGAGUGGUACGUACAAUCAUAUUCUUUAGUUGGUGAGAAUCUCUUGGACAGUGUUUUGUCAUCUGGCAUCCCUUUUAGAAGAUUCACAUACGAUGGUCCGCUGAUAGGGAAGGAUCACUGUGAGUUACUUUCAAGAGCCAUCCAUUGCAGUCGAACGCUGGAAGAAUUGUCAUUUUCAGUCUGUUCCAAAGCCGCAACAAAUGGCCGCUUUCUGCAUUACCUCGCACCGAUGGCGAUGGAGAACUAUCAACUGCUUCGUGUGUAUGUCGAUGCCUACCAUAAAGGCGACAAUGACAUGAAGGUCGUGACUGAGGUUACCAGACGCAACUCCAGCUUGGUGACGCGAGCCGCCUGUUUCGUGAUGGGCAACAGGACCAACUACUGUGCGCGCGCUAUUGAGUUUGUCUCGAAGCACGCCAAACUUGUGGAGUUGGUGCAAAAGAAAGCCUCUGUCGAUGAAACCCAGGCGAAGGAUAUGAUCCGACAAGCUCUCGCCAGCAUCAACUCUUUGGACGGAUACAUGAAGGCGGCCGGAGUUGUCAAGGAUGGUGUCGAGUGCAUCGUUCAACAGAAUAGCCAAGUUCAGAUAGACCAACUCAAUGAAUACUGCUGGCGCCAACUCAGGCAGUACAUCAAGGUAGCUGACAUUGUGCAAAUUUGACAUAGUUAUUGACCACAACAUCCAUCAAAUAAUGAUAUAUGGACCACCUGCAAGUUUUCACAUGCAAACCAGUAACUUUAUUUGAAUUAGAAAUCCUAGAACAAUAACUACACUGCCAGUGUUUAAUUUGUGGCAGCAACACAUGAAGCAUGACCUUGAACAUUUUUUAUAUCUGUGUUUGCAAAGUCGAUUGAAUCUUAUCCAGGAGAUUUAAAAAAUAAAAUAACCAUCUUACACCUCUGUA